GUUUGGGGUUUCUGGCUGUUCUGGCAGUGGGAGAUAGGAGGUUCUCAGAACCAGUCGUGGACCCACAGGUCUGUGCGGGUGUGUCUAAGGUCUGCCGUGGCCCUGUCUCUCCUGGGCUGCCGUCUUGUAGCAGAAAAGAGGAGAUGGAGUACUCUGGGGUUGAGGCACAGGCCAGCCUGCCAUCCUUCCUGCCUCAGCCGGUGGCCACAGCCACUGAGGUAGGGGAGCAGGCCAGGUUGAGUGGGCAGGAGGCCAGGGUGGGGAUAAAAAGGCUCUUCAUGGCUGUACAAAGGCCGUCUGUGAGCAUGGGCGCCUGGCCUGGGGGCCUGUGGUCAGACCAACCGUUGAGCAAACUUAUUUACCAAAAAGCCAAGCAGCUCGGGGUGGUAGGGCUAAGGGGACAGCCUGGGGUAUCCAAGCUUAUGAUACUGACACCAUGGCCCCUCUCUGCCAGAGCAGAGUGACCUUGCUCACUCUCAUGGUGUUUGGGUCUCCUUGUAGCCAAGGUGGACAGAACAGAAAUCUCCUGCCAUGACUGCCUUCCCUGUCAUCAUUUGCUGUCACUCAGCCUUGCCCUCCAUGCCCUGCUCCUGGGGCCCCUGUACAUGCCCCCCAGGACUCCUCCCCAUCCUCAUCCUUCUGCUGGCACACUGGCCUGUAGUUCGUGGCUUCAACCGGAUGACUUGGAGGGAGCUGGGUUACUGCUCUUUCUUAAUGUUCUAAGUCUGGAGAACAUGGAGUGCAUAGGAAAACAAGAUAAGGCCUUGGCUACGACCCACAGGUGUACCCCUGCCAUGGUGGGUUGGGGCAAACUCCGUCUCUGGCCAGGAAGUAGGCACCACUUAGGCUGGCCGGCCCUGGCACUCAGAAGACUUGGGCGGCCUCCCUGGCCAGAUGCCUGGCACUGGAGGUAAGCUUCGGCCGGUAGAGGUGGGGUGGGGAGGGACCAGCCUGCUUGUCUAUUUUGGGUGUGUCCUGAAGAGUCUCAGGGCAGACAAGCAGUCUGUGAAGACCUCAAGGCCUGUUGAAGGGCAUGCUCGGGAUUUUCCUGUCCAGCCCUGGGAGCUUGGCACUGGCUUGCUUGAGGCCUGAGGUCCUUCCUGAGGGUUUUCAGGCUAUGAGCACUUUCUCUAACCAUUGGCCUCCUCACAAAGCGCUCCUCAUGCUUAGAGAGGGGUUGGCCCAGGUACCACUCUUGGAGAGGGAAGCCUCCUGAGGUGGAAGACAAAGGUCUUCGGGGACAUUUUGCCAGUCUUUUCCAAAAAGGGGGUCUAGUUUGGGGAACCCCUUUGGCACACGGUGGUAGUCCCUGCCUACAAGUUGAGUCUUAAGUCUGGCCCAGGCUUGUGAUAGGCUUUAGGACAGAGCCUAAAAUCUAAUGUUAGGCCUACCAAAAUCCUAAGGGAUCUGCCAAAUCUUAUGGUGAAAAAACUUCAACUGUACACACACACACAAAGUUGUAAAAUUAUGUACUGAACUCUGGCACAGCCUUCACCUGGUCACCAGUUACCAAUAUUUGCCACAUAGUUCCCUAGCCCCCAAUGCAGAAGCAGCCCAAAGUCGCCGACAUCAUUUGGCCUCUGAUGUUGAGUUAAGAACAAGCAAGUGUGCUUUCCCAACCAGAAUGUGGCUUCAAACUGGGACAGGAACCCCAGCACUGUACUUACCAGCUUUACCCAGAGUCUCUGACAGGGCAUAGGACCCUCCCUCCCAUCCUGGUCAGGAACAAAUCCUCACAGUUCUUUCCCCUUUCCAAACCUUGGCAUUUUUUGAAGGGCUUGGUUAUUUCGAGGCUCUGGCUGUGUGUCCUGUUUGUCCCGGGGGGUGGGGGUAAACCAUGAGCAGGGACACUCCAGUCCCUUGGGUCUAUCCUGAGCUGUCCUUAUUCUGAGCCUGUCCACAGAGGGACAGAGGCACCCAAAGAUGGAGCGCUUAGCUCAAAGGCGUCCCAGUGGCCCACAGGUUGUGCUUGGGUGCACUGGGUCCAGCUUUACUGGAGGUCCCUAGGGAGACAGAGCCAUCACCAGUCUGCCCAGGGCUUUGGCCCCACCCACCUUGGUUGUCUCCACUUAACCUGAGCCUUGACUUUCUUUUCUCUGAUUAGGGAAAAAAAUGACCCCCAUGCCACAGGCAGCUAGAAUCAAUGAGAUGAUAGAAUGAUAGCCAUUGGGUCUCCGUAUGGAUUCUGCGUGGGGCUCUGUGCCCCUGGACUACUUUCCUUCCCAGCAGAGGGUCCUCAGGAGCCCAAUCCCACCUUGUGGAAUGACCCUAUUGAAUUGUCCUCGGGUGAAGGUCCCCUGGAGAGCACUAGCCACAAACAAGAAUUUGCAGUCUCUGGCCCCCCAUUCCCCACCUCGGCUCCAGCACCAGAGGACAGCACCCCUCCAGCAAGAGUGGACCAGGAUGGAGGAUCACUUGGGCCAGGCGCCAUUGCAGCCAUCGUGAUCGCCGCCCUGCUGGCCACCUGCGUGGUGCUGGCACUCGUGGUCGUCGCGCUAAGGAAGUUUUCUGCUUCUUGAAGCCAAUAAAAGAGCCGCGCAGGCCCCGCCCGCGGUGACUCUGCA